AUGGCGAAUCCAACACAAAUCUUCGCCGAGGACGUGCAAGAAGAGAAGGGCGAAAAUGCCCGCCUCUCUGCCUUUGUUGGUGCCAUUGCAGUGGGCGACCUGGUCAAAUCUACACUAGGCCCCAAAGGCAUGGACAAGAUUCUCCAGAGCGCCUCGACAGGCGAGAUCAUGGUGACAAACGAUGGAGCAACCAUUCUGAAAUCUAUCGCUCUCGAUAACGCCGCCGCAAAAGUCCUCGUCAAUAUCUCCAAAGUCCAGGACGACGAGGUUGGUGACGGUACCACUUCCGUCACUGUUCUUGCCGCCGAACUCCUCCGAGAAGCAGAACAACUUGUAGCUCACCAUAUUCACCCACAGACCAUCAUCGACGGCUACCGUCUUGCAUCCCAAGCUGCCCUUUCAGCCCUUGAAAAGUCUGCCGUAGACAAUUCCAAGAACCCUGACGCUUUCCGCCGAGACCUCCAAUCCAUUGCACGCACAACAUUAUCUUCCAAAGUACUUUCUCAAGAUCGGGAUAAAUUUGCCAGCCUAGCAUGCGACGCUGUGCUCCGGCUCAAAGGUUCGACAGACCUAAAUCAUAUUCAGAUUAUCAAAAAGGCCGGAGGUAAGCUUUCAGACAGCUACCUCGACGAGGGAUUCAUUUUGGACAAGAAAAUGGGUGUGAACCAACCGAAACGUCUUGAGAACGCCAAAAUCCUCGUCGCCAACACUGCCAUGGAUACAGACAAGGUCAAGAUUUGGGCUUCGCGAAUGAAGGUCGGAUCUCCGAAGGAACUCGCUGAGCUAGAAAAGGCCGAACGUGACAAGAUGAAGGCCAAGGUCGAACGUAUCAAGGCGCACGGAAUCAACUGCUUCAUCAACCGACAGCUCAUCUACAACUGGCCCGAGCAGCUCUUCACCGAGGCCGGAAUCAUGUCCAUCGAGCACGCAGACUUUGACGGCGUCGAACGUCUAGCUCUAGUCACAGGAGGUGAGAUCGCAAGCACAUUCGACCACCCGGACCAAGUCAAAUUAGGACAUUGCGAUCUCAUCGAGGAAGUCAUCAUUGGCGAAGAUACACUCAUCAAGUUUUCGGGCGUUGCGGCUGGCCAAGCAUGCACGAUCGUCCUCCGCGGGGCAACUGAGCAACUUCUCGACGAGGCAGAGCGAAGUCUCCACGAUGCCCUGGCCGUUCUCUCCCAGACCGUCAGGGAACCACGCGUCACACUGGGUGGCGGCUGUGCUGAAAUGGUCAUGGCCAAAGCAGUUGAUGCACUCGCACAAAAGGUCGGCGGUAAGAAACGCAUCGCCAUCGACUCUUUUGCUACUGCAUUGAGACAACUCCCCACCAUCCUGGCCGACAAUGCCGGUUUGGAUUCAUCUGCACUUGUGUCGGAACUGCGCAGUGAAGUCUAUCGUGGCAUGACGAGCAGUGGUCUCGAUCUCCUGACGCCCGGGGGAGGCAUCGCAGAUAUGCGUGAUCUAGGUGUCAUCGAAAGCUACAAAUUGAAGAAAGCUGUGGUGAGCUCGGCGAGUGAAGCCGCUGAGCUGCUCCUGAGAGUGGACAACAUUAUCCGAGCGGCGCCAAGAAGGAGAGAGCGCAUGUAA